CGAGUCCAUCCCCGCGCCCAUCGCAGCCGCAGCGGUACCCGCAGCGUCCGCCGCGAUGCUGUUGGACGGCGGCGACGACGACAGCUCCGCCCCCGCGCGGUUCGAGCUGCAGGAGGACCCCUCCUUCUGGAAGGAGAACAACGUGCAGGUCGUGAUUCGUGUCCGGCCGCUCAGCAGCAGCGAGAUAUCGGUGCAGGGGGAGAAGAGGUGCGUCAGGCAGGACAGCUGCCAGAGCAUCACCUGGACCUGCCACCCAGAGUCCCGGUUCACCUUUGAUCUAGUUGCCGAUGAGCACAUCACGCAGGAGAGUCUUUUCAAGGUUGCUGGGGUGCCCAUGGUGGAGAACUGCAUGGCUGGCUAUAACAGCUGCAUGUUUGCCUAUGGGCAGACCGGUAGUGGCAAGACCCACACGAUGCUUGGGGAUAUAGAAAAUGGCACACGGAGGAACAAUGAGAACUGUGGUAUGACGCCUCGAGUGUUUGAACAUCUGUUCUUGAGAAUCCAGAAGGAAAAGGAAAUAAGAAGAGAUGAAAAGCUCAGUUUUACUUGCAAAUGCUCAUUCUUGGAGAUAUAUAAUGAGCAGAUCCUGGAUUUACUCAAUCCAAAUGCAACAAACUUACAGUUACGGGAGGAUGUGAAAAGGGGUAUGCAUGUCGAGAAUCUGACUGAACAUGAGGUUUCUAAUGCCCGAGAAGCACUGCAACAACUUAUCGAGGGGGCAGCAAACAGAAAGGUGGCAUCUACCAAUAUGAACCGAGCGAGUAGCCGUUCUCAUAGUGUUUUCACAUGUCUUAUAGAGAGCAAGUGGGAAUCUCAAGGUAUCAAGCAUCAUAGAUUUUCUCAUCUUAACCUUGUUGACCUUGCUGGCUCAGAGAGGCAAAAGAGCUCAGGUGCUGAAGGUGAACGCUUGAAGGAAGCUUCAAAUAUCAACAAGUCACUCUCAACCUUAGGACAUGUUAUUACCAGCCUUAUUGCUGUGUCAAACAAGAAGUCACAGCAUGUUCCCUACCGAGAUUCGAAAUUGACAUUUCUCCUGCAGGACUCACUUGGAGGUAACUCCAAGACCACUAUAAUUGCAAAUAUAAGCCCAUCUAGUUGCUGCGCAGCUGAGACGCUGAGCACAUUAAAGUUCGCGCAACGGGCUAAGCACAUACGGAAUAAUGCUAUUAUAAAUGAGGAUGCCUCUGGUGACGUUCUCAGCAUGCGUUUAGAGAUCCAACAUCUCAAGAAAGAGCUUAGUCGCCUGCAAGGACAAUCUGAAUUUACUAACAGUGGAUUUAUCUGCGAGUCCCCUAGCGCAUUCAAAUGGGAUCAAGCAAAUGGCACAUUCAGUCCACUUAUGUUUGAUAAGAGAGCUACACAGAGGAGAGAUUAUGAUAUCACACUUGCCGCCGCUUUUAGGAGGGAGCAGGAAAAAGAAGCAAAGCUAAAGGCAGCAAUUGCUGCAAAGCAGAUUGCUGAAGAGCUGGCGACUCAAAGAUCAGAAGAGGUGAGAAGUUUCAAGAUGAGGCUUCGCUUUCGUGAAGAUCGAAUCAAGAGAUUGGAGCAAGUUGCAUCAGGGAAGUUAUCCGCUGAAGCACAUCUCUUGCAAGAGAAGGAAGACCUCAUGAAGGAAAUAGAAGCUCUGCGGAACCAACUAGAACGAAAUCCAGAAAUUACAAGAUUUGCUAUGGAAAACCUACAACUGAAGGAGGAGAUUCGAAGGUUGCAGUCAUUUGUUGAUGAAGGAGAACUGGAAAGAAUGCAUCAGCAGAUAAAUGUUUUAGAACAUCAGCUCCUAGAAGCACUUGACUGGAAACUUAUGAAUCAGAAGGAUCCUGUUAACAAGGACCUCUCAUUAUUUGGGGAGGAAGCUGGUGAUGAGAAGAACGAGUUUCUUCUUGUGCAGGCUAUUCAAAAUGAGAGAGAAAUCGAGUCACUACGUAAAAAUUUGAGCGUCUGUCUUCAAGCAAAAGAGAAACUCGAGAGGCGUGUUGAUGAUUUGACUGUAGAGUUGGAGGUAGCGAAGAAAUGCAACCAUGAGAACAAAGAAUUUAAGGCUGCACAGCACCAGGAACAGUCCGUCUUGCUUGAUGCUCAGACAGAACUUAAGACAUUGGUAGAUGCAAUAGCUACUGCAAGUCAAAGAGAAGCAGAAGCUCAUGAAACUGCAAUUGGGUUGACCAAAGAGAAUGAGAAAUUGAGAACAGAUCUUACGACCCUGAUCGAGGAUAACAAGAGACUGGUUGAUCUCUAUGAACAGGCUAUUGUCAACAUUGAGGUGAAACAACAUGGAAAUUAUCCUUCCAUUCCUCAAACUGAAGAUUCGAAUGAGCAGCAAAGCAGCCAUCCUUCUAAUGGCGGGAAUGAUAGCCUGCUGGAUGACCAACCAGAGGUCGCAUAUGGUCCACCCAGUGAUGCUGUAGAAGAGCCUGUGAUAGUGUAUGAAAACUGCAGCCACAAGGAUGUCCCUUCGAGAUCUGAAUUUUCAGAACUGCAGCUUCAACUGGAAGAGAUGCAUGAAGAAAAUGAUAAACUUAUGAGUUUGUAUGAGAAAGCUAUGCAAGAAAGGGAUGAAUUUAAAAGGAGAUUUUCUGGGCAAAGCAAUCUUGAAUCUCCAGAAGACAUUCAGUUCAGAGAUGCUGAAAUGGAUACUUUGCAAAGCAAUCCUGAAACUAUAGAAGAUAUUCAGUUCAGAGAUGCUGAAAUGGAUGAAGCAAUGGAUGCCGAAGAUUUCCAAGGAAAACAUGCACAUGACUCUCCAAUUGCAGCUUUUAAAGAAGCGAUGCAGCUCGUCCGUGUCAAGCUGGAGCAUGUCCAAGACAAGCUUGUGACUGCCCAGGAUGCAGUACAAUAUUUCAAACAACUUGAAAUGGCUAGCACCAAGGCAGAAGAGCUUUCAUCAAGCAUUCAGCUCUGCUGUCUAGAUGUUCAGAAAGAGCAGGAAGACAUCAACGCCCUCAAGUCUGCACUGUCAGAAUCACACGAGAGAGAAAGUGCUUUGGAAGGCAAGUUUUUCUUGCCCGCGGCAUUGUGCUGGGACCUGCAUUUGAAAACCGAAGCCCUUGCCGGGUCCAAGUUUGGCGUCAACGUGGAAUUAAUGAACAAAAAGAUGGAACAGCUUAGUAGCCUGAGGAGUCGCAAAACUGAGAUUUCUGCUGCACGUGCAGAGGCACGCAUGUCUGAAACUGAGCUGAGAAACAGAAUCGAUGGCCUUAAACAGAAAUACCGCUCUUUCGAGGCUCAAAGGAAGGAGACCGAAAGGGUUCUAUUCGCCAUCGACAACCUGGACUGUCCCACGACCCCGUUGCAGAAGCCCAUGAAUUUCGGCAAGGCGUCCGAGCUGCUGAAAUCUGAGGAGGAGAGAACGAAGGUCGUGUCUGAACUGAAGAAGUCCCGGACACAGCUUAGCAUUGUUCAAAAGGAGAUCAAGAGCAUGAGGAACUGCGACGACAUCGUGGGCGAGAUCUCACGCGUUGAAUCGGAGAUGGAGGACUGCCUCCUCUCCCUGCUGGAAGCCGACACCGAGAAGUUCGUCCGGGAUCACGCCUUGGCCGAAACCUGGGAGGUUCAGCAGAAGGACGCGCCGAGCCUGCUGGUGGACUACCAGGACAGCGUUUUUCAGGUGAAGCUGGAGGAGGAGCAGGUCAGGGCGUGCGAGGCGUCGUUGCAGCACCAGACGACGUCCCUGGACGAGAUGAAGUCGAAGCUGAGCCAGGCGAUGCGGGACCUCGGCGAGCUUCUGGUUGCCAGAGGCUUGGACGCGUCCAUGCCGCACGUCUCCGACAAGGUGAAGGGGGACCUCGACGCCAUCGAGGUCCAUGUCGCCGAGGCCAGGCAGCUGUUGCUCGUCGACGACCAGACCGAUUUGUGAACCGAAAAAGCAAACCGAUUAUCAGUUAUCACCAUUGACAGACAGACAGGCUGGUCUGUCUUCGCCUUCAUUUGUACAAAUUCUUUGUAGCACACCGUUGGUUCUCGCGUGCUGUAGGUUGGAUGGAUGUAAGUCCUGAAGUGGACUGGAAUAACUGUUCUGUGCGUCCUCCCGUUCUUCUUGUGGUCUGGUAUACAAGCUUCUACCAGCUUCUAUGCAACUUCAGACCCACUUUCUUCUGGUCUGCACUUCGCCAUGCAGGACGGCAAUGAUUGAUCGGUCGCAAUGUUGAUUUCAAGAGGGCUUUGACUUUUUAAAACAAAUAAAUAGUACUAUCGUA